GUUAUUUAGAAAUAUGCAUGUAUUAUAUACUGUGCUAAGAUAUCUUAUCUGUGACGUAACUAUCGAUAUCUCUCUUCAGUUUGACUAUAAGUAAUCAUAUGAUCCCAGUGGUACGCUCGCGCAUCGCAGUUAACGUGCAAUUUCUCUGCAAAGCACGUUUCGGUACUGUCAAGUCACCAACCUUAGCGUCGUUAGCGAUGUCCGAGCCGGUAGUAACGGUGAAACAAGGCAAAUUACGCGGCGCGGUGCUAAAAAGUGUUCUCGGCUCUUCGUACGUCGCCUUCAAGGGGAUCCCGUUUGCCGCUCCGCCCGUCGGUGAUCUUCGAUUUAAGGAUCCGCAACCACCCGCGCCAUGGACCGGUACCAAGGACACUACGGAAGUGCUCGGUUAUUCGUGCCUCCAAUUAGACGAACUUCCGCCGUACAGCCCUAUCGGCAACGAGGACUGCCUUUAUUUGAACGUUUAUACAAAUUCCCUGACUCAAUCGCCGAAAGCAAUCAUGUUUUGGAUUCACGGAGGCGCGUUUUUAGUAGGAAGCUCGAGUUUCGAGUUGUUUAAACCCGAUUAUCUUCUCGCGAAGGACGUCGUCGUUGUCACGACUAACUACAGGCUCGGCGCAUUCGGAUUUUUUAAUCUGGGUCAUAAAGUCGCCCCCGGGAAUCAAGCUUUGAAAGACCUGAUCGCUGCUUUGGAAUGGGUUAAGGAAAAUAUAGCCAAAUUCGGCGGUGAUCCAGGCAACGUAACUAUUUUUGGUGCUAGUGCUGGAGGAGCGUUAUCUCAUGCCUUGAUUGCAUCGCCGCGUGCGAAAGGCCUCUUCCAUAAAGCGAUUCUGCAGAGCGGAACAUUGAACUGUACUUGGGGCAUGAAUCAAUGUCGACCAGAACGUUGUUUCAAACUCGCGUCGCUCCUUGGAAAGGAAUCCACCGAUCCUAUAGAAGUUGUCGAAUUUCUGCGGACGGUGUCCGCUGAGGACAUCGUCAAAGCUCAGGCCAACAUCUUAACACCGCAGGAAACGGCGUCUUACAAUUUAGCUUUCGGAGUGAACAGCGAUCCGGUAGCGGAGAAUCCAGUUUUGCCAGAACCGAUAGAACAAGUGGUUGCCGAAGGCGCGGAUGUUCCUGUGAUGAUUGGUUCUACAUCGCAUGAAUUCAUUAUGUUCUUCAAGGAUAAAAGCCCGAAAGCGAUGGCUAUGCACAAUCAAUUCCUACCACGGCACGUGGAAAAUCUGGCAAUGUUGAAAAAUUUAGAUCAGUCUCAGUCAGAAAAAUUAUUGGCUGCGGCGAAGGAUCGGUAUUUCGAUAAUAAACCGAUCGGAGAAGAAAAUAUACUAGGCCUUGUAGAGUUUAUAACCGACCUUUACUUCGGCAUACCUGCAGCGGUGUUGAUAGAGGACCGUGUGAAAAAAGCACGCGCGCCUAAUUAUCUUUACAAAUACUCAUACGUCGGUAACGAGAAAACGGCUACCGAUAUUCUAGUGGAUCGUCUUGUUUCCGGAGCGUCUCAUGUAGACGAAGUAGCGUAUUUGUUCUAUUUGCCGCGUUGCAAAACCGAAAAUCCGGAUCCGCCGGCGCUUGGAACGAAGGACAGAAUUACCAUGGAACGAAUGACUAGAUUGUGGACGAAUUUUGCAAAGACUGGGAAUCCCACUUCGUGUCAGGAUGAAUUUGUUAACGUCACUUGGAAGCCUGUCACGAAAGACGAACUGAAUUAUUUAGACAUUGGCGAUGAAUUAAAAUUACAGCCCCUUCCCCAACACCUUUUAUCGUCCAAACCUUGAGAGAAACUUAAUAUAUACAUAUAUAUAUAACAUAUAUAUAUAUAUAUUAUAUAUGUAUACAUAUACACAUACAAAUAUGUAACUGAAAUUAACGUAAGAAUACAGGAACGUGAGUGUUUUUAUUUCA